AUGUCGUUGCCUACCCUGCUAGACGGACUUGGAACCGGCAGACAUGAAUCGUUGUCUACACCACUAGACGACGUACGCGAUUGGAACAGCGGGCUUGAGACCGAUACACCCAUGAACGACGCCACUCCCUCCGAACCCACCACCGCCCCAGCAACAGCACCACAACUACCUCGUCCACGACCUCAAACCCACACUCCUCAACCUGGAUCUGUGCCAGAACGAGCAGUUGCAUUCGCACAUCGAGCCGCCCAACGAAGAAAGGAGAAGUUGGACAACCUUCUUACUCGAGCGAUCUAUCAAGGAAGUCUGCCUUUCAAUAUCAACGAUGCGGCGAAACAUCCUGCCAUGGCUGAGUUUUUCAAACUGGUGGAUUAUGUGCCUCCGAACAGACACAAGAUUGCUGAUGAUGUUUACGAUCAUACUCAUGAUCAGAGUGAUGCUAUCAUCCCUUAUACCUCAUAG